AUGCACAUGUCGGCAGCUCGCACUCACACGCGACAUACGGCAGAUGCAAGCGACUUGAUCGUGAUCAGUAGCGACAGCUCCGAGGACGGCGAUGAUGAUGAUGAUGACGACGACGACGACGGAUUCGUAGCACAGUGGCCCACAAAUCCCGUGAUCAGACCACCUCCUACUGACUUCUUCGAGGUGGCUGACGUUCGACGAGCACAACUGUCGCCUUCCAUCCCGCGCGAUGGACUCUUCUCCCCUCCGCCACUGCCUGGUAGGCCGGCUGAAUCUGUCCUGCUUGCGGGUGGGUCAACAGUCCGAAGAGCUGGUGUCAGCGCCGACCCGCGUACAGGAGAGUUUCUGACACGGCCAAUGUCAAUUGUGAGACCCGCGGAUUCAGUAGCAUACUCGGAUCCCGACGGCAGCUUUACCCUGGUCUCCGCUCAGACGGCACCGUCGCCACCGCCUCCUCCUAGAAGCGAUCAUCCCAUCACGGACCAGCGAUUACGCUCCUCCAAUCUGGCCAUGCCCACCAAAUCGCCGCCUCGAUCCAAGCCUCCGCCAAUCGAACACCCACUGCUUUCGACCUACACGUGUCCCAUCUGCUUUGAUGCUCCCACAAAUCUCUGCGUGACUCCCUGCGGUCACUUCUUCUGCGGCGAAUGCCUUUUCCAAGCUCUCAAGACUCAAGCUGUCCAGCGUGGGGCGAUGGAAGAGGAAGCAUCUCUCUUUCACUUUGGCGGACUCUUUUCUUCCUUUGUUCCCGCAGCCGCAUUCGGAGCGGCAUCGGGCGGAGGCGGCCCCUUGAACCCUGCGGUACCAGGCCAUGGUGGUGGCGCAGGUCCAGCAGGACCAUCGCCCGGAGCAGGACACGGUCGAGGUGGAGGUGGGGCAGGGGGCUCUCGCGGUGGUGGUACCAGUGGCGGAAGGGGAAGGAGUAAGCCGGAUCCUUUGGCUGGCCAAUGCCCGGUGUGCCGAGCCAAAAUCAAGGGAGCAUUCAAUGGCAGGGAGAAGAACGGCAUCGUUGGGUUACGACUUACGAUGGGCAAGCCAGUCAACGAUCCACGACAGGACAACGGACAGAUGAAGACGAAUCGGGCGGCGGAAAUUGCUGAAGCAAGCAGUGGUAGCGAAUCAGACGACGAGGAAGAGACCCUGCUUCCUACGAGCAAGAAGCUCGAAGCAGUCACUGACGGUAGUUUCGACCAGAUCGAUGCAGCUGCAGACAGCCCCCGAGCCGCUCGUCGACGCCAAAGAUCCGUCAACAACAACGCAUCAGCCUCGAUGACAGACGGCGACGCACCACUCGCCGCAGCGUCGGUCAAGCAAGUUCGAGACGAGCUCCAGACGAUGCGCUCCGAGCGCCUGCGGUGUCUGCUGUGCGCCGUUGAGGAUCUGCUGAGUGAGAAACCCCCCUUCCCAGAUGUCAGCACCAUUACAGUAGCGUGCUUGUGA